CCUACUUUUAAAAAAAUUAUUUGAUAAUAAAUAUUGAAAUGACCCCUCUUGAUUGAAAACAAUGGCCGACGUUCAAGCAGGAGCAGAUGCGAAGGCAGGUCAGAAUGGGGACGGUGCAAGUCGAACAGCAGAGAAACGACGAUCGAGUGGUGAAUCGGCAGGGGAUGCGCCUACACAGAAGAAAAUCAGCUUGAACUUAGGGCCCAAACCUGCAGUGCCCUCCCAGAAAAUCUCCUUCAGCUUUGGAGGGGUUGGUGCUACACAGAACAAGCUGACUGUUGGCGCAGGUGCUGAGAAAAUUUCCAAACCAGCAGCACCGAUUAAAAUGUCACUGGGCUCAGCGCAGAAAGCCAAAGAUGUCGCCCCUGUUGUGCAGAAGAGUGCUCUGGCCGCCAAAGUGUUUGAUGAUGCUAGUGAUGACGAUGAUGAAGAAGAAAUGCCACCUGAGGCCCGGAUGAGAAUGAAAAACAUUGGAAGGGACACUCCCACUGCAUCAGGUCCGAACUCAUAUGGUAAGGGAAAACAGGGCUUCAUUGACAGACACAAGAUCAUCGAGAAACAGCUGAAGGAAGACAUGGAGAAAGUUUCAGGGGACAAGGGAGCAGCAAAGGAGUGACGCAUGUGACUGUGUUCAGGCUUGAAGUUGAGAGGAAUGCCUGUGUUGUGAUGUGUGUAGCUGUGUGGUAGUUGGAGAGGAGCGUCUGUGUUGGGAUGUGUGUAGCUGUGUGGUGGAUGGAGAGGAAUGUCUGUGUUGUGAUGUGUGUAGCUGUGUGGUGGAUGUGUCUGUGUUGUGAUGUGUGUAGCUGUGUGGUGGAUGUGUCUGUGCUGUGAUGUGUGUAGCUGUGUGGUAGAUGGAGAGGAGCGUCUGUGUUGUGAUGUGUGUAGCUGUGUGGAGGAUGGAGAGGAGUCUGUGUUGUGAACUGAGAGGAAUGUCUGUGAUAUGACGCAUGGGGCUAUGUUCUGGCCUGAAAUAGCUAUAGGUAAUACAGUUUGAAAAAAAUGUCUCUCCUAUGAUUGGGACUGAAAGGAGAAGCUUGGAUGUAAGAUUCUGAAUAGUAUCUGAUGCAUUUUCUCCUUAUUUUCUAUUUUGACUUAUUGCCUUAAUUCUGUGUUUGUAUAUGUAUAUAACAAUAUGUUUUUCCCCAGUUUUUUAGCCACCCUUAAAGUAGUGUUUUCUCAUCCUUCACUCCUUACACACUUUUGUAUUUUUUGAUCAUUGGUCUGUCUUUACCGUGAUUUGGAAGAAAAACUUAUCCUGUAGUUACUACUGAAAUGAAGUUUCAUCACGAGUGCAGUGAUCCUGAGCUUUAAAGAUGUAUAAUGUGAGGUUGGGGUAUUUUACUACUGUAAGUUUUGUUUGCUCAAUAAUUUUGUGCAGUAGCUAAGUUGAUACUAGUGGCUGUCAAAUUUGCCGGAAAUUAGUAACAGCAAAUCCCAGUACCAAAUCCAGUAGGUAUUCCCAAACCCCAGUACCAAACCCAAAUCCUGGGACUUGUGAGUCGAGAGUAUACUCCCAUACUUGAGUACACCUUGCUGUGUUGAGUAGCAGAGCAAAUCCACGUCCAACCCCCGGUAUCAAUACCAGUUGCCGGUAUCGGUAGCAGGCGAAAUCACAUUGCGUGGCCGUGCCACUAUGCGGCAUUACAACAGCGUGGGCUUUGAAACUAGGCCUAUCACAACUUUAGAACUGUUCAACAUGGGGGAGGAAGGUGAGGGUACGUUGGCUAGGCUACAUUGCUUUGUCUUGUUUGUACAAUGGUUUAUUCAAAAACCGAAAACCAGGAAUACAGAAUAAAAAAGAUUGACAAACCUGUGUUUUUUUUUAAGGAAAAUGAUCAUGUUAACAAUUUCUUCGAUGAGGUUGGAUCAUCAGUGUGGUAUGAGCUCCCCAGUCCCAGAGAAACCCUCUCUCUCAUGGAACGCUUGUUGCGGGGCAGCAAAGAAAUUUCGUAGCUCUUUCUUGGAGCUGUGGCAUCAGUGAGGAGUGCUUCCUCCACCACUCCCGAGGGGAUGUUGCUGCCUGUGGAUGUGCCUCUCCUCCUCACACCAAUGCAUCUUCAGGUCUAGUUGAACACCAGGGGUCGAUGUGCUCUGGAGAAAAGUUGAGAUUUUGGUGUCGAACUUGAUCUAGAUCAAUGUGUUCUUCAGAUUCGAAAUUCCUUUGCAUCAAGAUUAUGAAAGACAGCUCUGUUGUGUGUCCCUUAGUCACAGAUCAGGACCUUUGGAACAAGACCAAGAGCAACCAGCUUUUCUAAUAUCAGGGUUCCCGCGGCCUCAAUGAAUUCAAGGAGUCCUUGAAAACUGCUUGAAUUUGCAAUCCAGGAAAAAUCUCCUUGAAAACUCCUUGAAUUUGCAUUCAAGGAAAAAUGUCCUUGAAAACUCCUUGAAUUUUGCCAGAUCAGACAGGAACACGUGUACAGGGUGACUGCCAGGACCUGGGAAUCCCGGGGGCCCCUGAGUUCAUUUUUGCCGGUCGCGAUUGUGAUAUAAUAUUAUCCUUUCGGCUUUUCCCGGCCUGAGAGUACGUUACGCGCGCACAGGCGGUUAUGGCGGCAACUAGUGGAAGUGUAUGUGCGAUACCAAAGCUCGAUCGGGAAAAUCAAGAUCUGCUUUCGCUUUCGUUACCGCCCAGAAAUUUGCCGGUCGGGCCUAAAGUAGUCUGAUAACGCCACAUUUGUAACGACAGGUUCUGUAUUACAAACGCGGUGUCGUCAUGAAAAUAAAUCAUUUGUCCUGUGCUGUCGCUUGUGAAAAAAAAAGAAAG